AUGGAGAACACAAAAGGCCGCGAGGGCGUCGAGGUGAUCGCCAGCGAGCCGUUCAAAGACGCGGCUCUGGGCGAGGGGCACUUUUCGCACGUCGUGCACCACUUUCAGGGCCGCGCUCCCGCGUGGAUCCGCGCGCUCGCGCCGCGGAAGGCGCUGCGGCUGGAGGAGAAGAACUGGAACGCGUACCCGCGCAGCCGCAUGGAGCUCAGCUGCCCGUAUUUCAACAACUUCAAGAUAGUGGCCGACACGUAUCACCUCGCCGACCGAGGCGACACGGAGAACGCGCUGAAUCUCCCAAAAGCUGACCUGGCGCUGCGCAAGGUGGACCACGUGGACAUCGCGUCGCCCGACAGGGACAUGUGGUCGCGAAUCAUCGCGCGGAAGCGCACCGACCCCUCCAAGAUCGCCCUGCUUAAACUCAACCGCGGCCCGCUCGCCCCGGGAUGGCAGGCGCACCGCGCUCUUUACCUGGAGGCGUACAGGAAGUGCUAUGCAUGGGCGGACGAGUGGUGCGAGCUGACUGUGGCGGACGCACAUCGGAUCGAGCAGGAGAACAUUGACAAAAUGCGAGAGAGCCUGUCCUUGACUGAUCGCUCAGAUAAUGAAGAAUUUAGCGAUGCAGUGGAUAGUGAAGAAUUUAGCGAUGCAGUGGAGGGUGAAGAAUUUAACGAUGCAGUGGAGGGUGCAGUUGAGGUGAAGGAGGAAGAGGAAGAGAAAGGGGAUAUCAAGUCAGUAACAGCUCUACCUACUAUUGAUCCCGUGUCCGCAUGA